GCAAAAUCAUGAAGGAGGGAAUCCAAACAAUUGAUAUUGAACCCCUGGUGGGUUUUUUGGACUAUUUUGGACCAGUAAAAGAAUUUGCAACUGCGGAAACGAACCAAAUUUUAUCGGGGAACAUCAUACUUCGACUUGACAAAGCAAUGAAGGUCAAGGCAAUGUCAGUAAAAUUCACAGGACACACACAGGCACAAUACUAUGUCAAAUUAUCAGAUUCCCACCCUCAAAGUGCGUUCUCUUUACCCGUCUUACCUAAAUUGAAAACAAAACUCAUCUCAAAGUCGACCCUUUUACCAAUUGGAAACCAUAUCAUACCUUGGGAGGUAGAAAUCCCAAACAUCUAUCCUAGAACCUUUUCUGCCGGCAAAAGGGGCGCAAUUCAAUAUCAAGUUGAAUUAAAGAUAUCUUUAGGUAUCAACAAAAAAUCAUUGGUAGCCGUUCAUCCUAUCGUAAUUCGGCGUCACCUGAUCAUGUCACAAGAAUUAGCUGCCUCAAUCCAUACAAGCUCGUAUGAAAACACAACCAAUAACUUUAGAUAUGAGGUAGAAACCCCCAACAUUAUCUGUUGCGAAAAAGGCUAUUUUCCAAUUGUUAUCAAAUGCAACAAACCCGCAAAAUUCAUUUAUACGCAAAUAAUUCAAACUGAAAUAUACAGAUGUCGUAAUAUAGCAAGAUUUGAUGCUGACAUAGUUAUUACAGCCGCCAAGAAAAACUCUACGACCGUUGGCAGUGCCUCAAGUCAUAUCCGAACAGGCGAUAUUGGAGGUCUCUCUAAAGUUUACAAGCGUAUUCAACCUGUCACAUUGAAUACCAUGGAACAGCACCACCAAUUACUGCCCAUCUUGCUCUUACAUGAUUUGUCCGCCUCCUUGAUAACACCAAGUAUUGAAUCAACACUCAUUACCGUCUAUCAUCAGUUGGAGGUGACUUUCAAUUUUGGUGGCCAGGAUAACGAUGAUAUACGUGCAAAAAUUCCGAUUUUAGUAAGCUCGGUGCCUGAAUCUGAUAAUAAAACACAAGAAAAAUAUGAUCUUGAGAAACAAGAGCACACACUUCCUUUGUCGUCUGAUGCAAUUGAUACCUCGUUGAAAAGAUCUACUGCAGACAAACAUACUACUAGUAGAGAUAGUUUAUUGGUCGAUGAUGAUAGGUCCGCUUUGUCUGAUCAAAGUUCACACUAUAUAAAGUUCCCCGAAGACACCAUUCGUAUGUCGAUGAGCGCUUCCUCACCUUCAAGACCAAGUAUCAUUGAUACUACGCUUGCAAGCACGUUAGAAGCAAGUUUAUCUAUUGUCAGUCCCAGUACAGCAAGUAGACCUACUUUGGCAGAAGCUUCCGGUACAGAUGAUCUUGUUUUACAGCCACCUUCAGAGGUAUUAGGGUUACUUCCUCCACCUAGAAGAGCACAUUUUUACCGGAAGACUACAAGUAGUCGAUCCUCUUCUACUACUAGAUCUUCUUCGACCACCAGAUCGGCACCCCUAACAAAUAGCCGACCUAUAUCUCCUGUCUCUUUUCAUCACACUCCUUCUGAAAGUCCUUCCUUUUGUGAAACACCGCCUAUGUCACCUCCACCAUUAUCACCGCCACCAUCUAUACCAAGAAAUGUCAGAUUAAUUCAAAGUAGAAGCAGCUGUACAAACACAUCAUUAGACGAUACAACCACUAGAAAAAGAUCAAAUUCUACCGACGAAGACUAUGCCACAUCCGUCAAAAGCCAUUAUUUUUGCGCGGAAUUACCUCCUAUUCCUCCCCCAAUUACUCGCCAGAAGCUGCCAUCAUUGCCCUCUGUUACUAAGGAUGAGAAUCGAAAAACCAAGAUGUAUUAUGAAGAAGAAACAGAUGAAGAUGAAGAUGAAGAAGAAAUAUAUAACUUUUUCUUGAAUCAAUUAUAAAAUAAAAUACGUAGG